GACAGCCGCUUGUUUCAAACAAGGACAUUCAUUCACGCCAGCUUUGAGUCAUACCGAGUCAUACGAACAAAACAAAACUAAAGAGUGCGGUUAAAGGGCAUCCAUGAACUAUGAGGAGAAGAAGUAGCAGCAAUGGCAGCAGGAGAAGAAGCUCGAUCAUCCGCAGGCGCAGUGAGAAUGUGCGGUUUGAUGAGUUCGGUUUUGCGAUCACUAAAAAGAAGGAGCAAAAACUUCAGCACAGAUCUCACGAGUACAGUUACCCCCAGCUGAGUACAGUGAGGGUCAAAGAGCUGUGUGAAUUGCUCAGCUACUGGAAUGGAGCCAGCUUCCUCUGCAAGAACCAGAUUGAGAGAUUCAUCAGGAUGGGUAUCCCUUCAAGUUUGCGAGGCCAAGUGUGGAAGUGCCUUCUCUGCAUUGAAAACAGGAGGCAAAAAAGCCAUUUUAACUAUGAGAUGUACCUGGCAGAAGUGCGAGGACCUCUUGUGGACCUGGGGGUCAGUGAGUAUGGCAUUUUGUCAGCCAUCGCCACAUUAAGUGAGACACAGAAUGAUUUGGGCACCAACCAGCAGCAGUUGACCAGCUCAGAGAUGCGCUACUCUGUGGAUGACAUCACACUCUUCAGACAGAUAGCACUGGACUUGCAACGCUCAUUCCCCACACACCGCUCUCUGAUGGGGGAUAGUCCAGAAGCCAUAGAGGGCCAGGCCAAACUUUUCCGGGUCCUCGUUGCAUAUGCAAGAUACAAUCCUCAGGUUGGAUACAGCCAAGGGAUGUCCUACAUAGCAGCAGUGUUGCUAAUGCAGCUGGCAGAGGAGGAGGCGUUUUGGGCUCUUACAGCACUGUUGGAUCAACCUCAAUAUGUAGCUGAAUUAUUUGACCUUAGCCUUUCAAAAAUCCAACAUCAGGUGAAGGUGUUUGAACAGCUUCUGAAACACAGAAAACCUAAACUCUCUCAGCAUCUGGAGUCUGUGGGACUUUCGUCAGUCCAUUUUGUGAUGCCCUGGUUUCUCACCCUCUUCACUUCACUGCCCUGCUGGGACUCUGUGCUGGCUGUCUGGGAUCUCACCAUAUUGCAUGGGUUGUCAGCUGUUUUCCGGACAGCGCUGACCAUCAUUGAGCUGCUGGAGCCUCGGCUGAUGGGGCUAAAUGAUGAAGGGGCCAUGUUACCACUGCUGCUCCGAGUCCCAGUGGAUGUAGCCCAGUACUGUGUACUGAUCCCCGCGCUGUGGAACACUGAAGUGCAGGACUGGGAGCUCAAAUGUAUGAACAGCCUUGUCCUGGACGAGACCAACAGUGGACCCAUAGCUGGUCAAGGUGAAAAACAUACCACCUCAACUCAAAAUGAUGAUCCGCUUCAAAGCUUAAGUGACAGGACCACUGAAAGGGAUUCGGUAGGCAAAGGUGUCCUAAGCCGGGUUCUUCAUCUGGCCCAGCGCUUCCUUCUGGAGCCCAUCGGUCGGCAAAGAGAGGACAAGAAGACCAGGACACAGAGUGGGAGCCAGCCGCAGAGUCCUUCGUCUGGGCAGGGCAUCAGGGGCAAAACUUCAGCAUCAUUAACACAAGCUCAGAUCAGGGCGAGGAGGCGGAGUCAGCAUCGAGGGGGAACUUUGCAACCUGUAACUGAGAGAAAUGGCACUGAUGUUACACCGUCCAGUACUGCUGAUGCCAAAAAAAGUUUCAGAUCAAACGAUAACUUCAAGCGCACCGGUACUGGAUCUAGUGGAAAAGGGAGCCGUCGCCGCAGCAACCACAGCCUGAUUCACCCUCUCAGGGUCAGAUCUCUGCGUCUGUUAAAAAGCAACCCUCUGAAGCAAAACUCCCCAACCUCCCCAGUUCUCCCCCCAACACUCCAGUCAUUCACUCUCUCUCCAGCAUCCACCCCUCCAGCAUCCACCCCUUCAGCAUCCACCCAUCCUGCAUCUACCCCCUCCCAGGGACAGGAGCAGGCAAGGCUGGUUAACUCCACGAAAGCAUUUCUCAAUGAGCUGUCCUCCAGACAUCAGACCAGUGCCCCCUUCAACAAUGUCAGAGAAUCCGCACUCAUCUGAUGAAGAAGACUGAAGUGCUACAUGUUUCUCAGCACUGAACCACAUGUGUCUGUACAAUUUAACUUUGCACUGCAUAAUUUAUUUUUUUUAAUACUUUACUGGUAUUAUGUACAGAUUUGAAACGAUACCACUAAUAAACUUUUUUUUUUUUACAC